AAAGAAGGAAUGAUGGAGUUUGAAGGAAUAGGAAGAGAUCUCUCCAAGCUUCGUGUUCAAUUUGUUUUUGAGUCAGCUAGCGAUGACGUACCUACUAGCAAAUGGAAGCGUGAAGAUUAUGAAGACUUUUUUUUAUUCAAGUCAAACCCAGUAAUUUAUAAUGGAAGUUGUCAAGCGGAGAAUUUGUCAGAAAUUCCUCUCACAAUCAGCAUUAACGAUUCUAGAAAUUCUAAAAAUACAGUGAGUGUAUUAGGCGGUAUGUACAUCUGGUUCGGAGAAGAAUGGUCUAGCCUGAAACAAAAAGUAAAAGUCGAAGCAACAUGCUAA